CGCAUAUAUUUGCCAACUCUGAAUAAUAUAUUCUUAAAACAAUACUUUAUAACUUUUGAACUUGAUAUAGUAAAAAUUUAAAAACAAAAUGUAUCCUUCUUAGUUUGUCACCCUGUAUUUGUAUAUAUCGUUAUCUAAGUAAAGUGGAGUCCAAUAGAAAUAGCAAAUAAUGUAAACAAACCAAUUUACCUUCAAUAUUUCGUAAUCACACACUGUUUGGCGCCAAUCAUGAUCUUAUCAACAAUUUAAUGAAAUACUUCAAUAUUUUAUUUGUAAUAAAUAGCUAAAAGCUUAGAGUCAGACCAAGGCUAAGACCCGCCUCACACGUCCGGAAUGUCUCUCUAAUUUUAUACUCUGAAUUCAGAUUCUUAAUUCAGGAAUAAUAAAACAUUCCGAUAUUGAUCAGUUGCCACACUAACGUCUGUUUCUCUCUCUCCCACAAAUGUCAAUGGCUAAUUAAUAUCAUAAUCUAAAUCACUUUGUUAAGUUCAAGUCUUGAAUUCAAGUCGGUGCAAACUUGGUGCAAACUCUAUUCUUCCGUUCUUUUUUAAGCUGGCUGCAAUAAAUCAUUAAUUGACACAUACAUCAUACAUAAAUCAAACAAAGAACAAAACUCACAAACUAAAAGUCAAAUUACAAUUACAAUCCGUAUAUAAUCGAAAUUGUAUGUAAAAGAAAUCAAAUAAUGGAAUUCCUUGAAAGGAUAAGCAGGACAUUUGAAAAUAUAAGAACUACAAUAAAAUGCAAGGACAGCGGAGACAAAGUUGCCGCCUUGAAGAGGGACAUCCAGUCGCUAGCGGCGGAACUCGCUGUUCUCGGUAAGCAAAACCAUGAAGACUUCAUCCGGGGCCUCGCCAUGGAGGGCUACUUAGCUUUAUUGUCCGCUAAAGUCCUACCAAUCUCCCUGGUUGAGAAAAGAAACGUCCUCCAGGCAGCUUUCGAGAAACUUAAGCCUUACGCUCUUCGAGACGAAUGCCUCUUCAUUUACCUUCGUAUUCAGAACCUUUUAUGCUAUUACCUGAUAAAUCUGGAACAGUUACAACUCGCGCGAGAGAUACUUGAAGCGACAGAGGACAUAUAUGACAAGAUAAGUCCGAAAGGUGACAAAUAUCUAGAUGCUGAAUACAUGUUCACGUGCGACCCGCUUCCCAACGUCCGUCCUAUCAGCCCUGAGAAAAUUGACAGAAUUAUCACUAACAAUGUUCAAAUGCAAGCAUUUUUGUACAACAAAAUGAACAUACCUGAUAAAUACUGUCUAUACAAUCAUACGGCGCUUCGGAGACAGUUGGAUCUGAAGGAAGGAACGCCGCAAGACUGGGCUUUGAGAGCGGCUAGAUUAGGCAACUACUUCACCUAUUUACACCAACUUGGGAACGCUCGUCACCACCUCUGCGCCGCGUACCACGUCCUUCGGACCUGCCACGACAACUGCAAACUGAUGCCUGAAGAGUUCGUGUUGCAGAAAGCCGAUUUUGAAAUCCAUUUCCUCGAGAUAGGUCACCAUUUCGUCAAAUACGGUUUGACGUUAUUCAAACUAUCCAAGAAGCAUGUUCUUGAUAAGUAUUUUUCUGAAGGAAGUUCGAAAGCUGAUCUUUGGAAGACAGUGAACGUGGGAUCGGAGAAGUUUGAGAAAGAAAUUGAAAAGUCGCAAGGGGAUAUGCCCUCGGACAAUAUCUUCUGUUUCGCUUCACUAGAUUUAAAGGAGAUAGAAGCGAGGGUGCCUACACAGUUUGUAAACAGUAUAGAAGAAGCGCGCAAGCUUUUCUCUUUCACACAUAAAUGGAUCAUGCGCACGAAACACUAUUACGACUUCGAGCAUCACCCAGCGCAGUAUAUAUCCUGUUCUCUCCAGAUGGCUGAACUGUACGAGCACUUGGCUUUCUUCGAAAAGAAUAUUGAUAACCAAUACAAUAUACAGAAGCGCCGUGCCGAAGUGCUGGAGACUUUGAACUCCCUUCUCAAGACCUGUGACACCGUGAUGUCUGUUCAGAUUGACGUGAUUCGCGAGUUGUCACAAGUCCAGCUAGAGCUGAUGGCGUUGAAUCUCCAGAAAUUGUGGAGAGAGGAGUCUCAGACAAAUAUCUUCAACGUAGACGUAGACGCGGAUUCUAUCAUCAAUUCCCUGGACUCUGCUUCCAAUAAGACUUUGACAGAGAGAACGCUGAACGCGUCUUCGAAGAACAUGUUUCUGAGGAAGAUGGAGGCCGCCACCGCUUUGAACGGGAAGCUGUUUAGACUCAGUGGCCAGCUCGGAGAACCUAAAGUAUCUGCAGAAAUCAGUCAGCUGAGCUUUGGAUGGCUCUCAUCAUAAGAGAAGAUUUGGCAGAUUGCAGGUGAAGUAAGAAUAACUAUCCCUAUUUGUUCGAAAUAAACACAUCUGAACGAGUAAAACUGAAAAUUAGACAAAAUAUUCUUCCAAGAUAUUAAACAAUUCUAAAUUUUUUUUGUAAAGAAUGAAAUACUGGUCUCCUUAUUUUUUUUUAAGAUUAAAAAUAUUUCUUACAAA